AUGAACGAGGAGUUGUCGCAACAGGACAUUGAACAGCGAAUCAAUACGUUCGACGCUGACACCAUGCAGGAGGAAAAUGCAGAAUUACCCGACUCGCAGUCCGAAAACGUUGCCACAAACUACAACAUGGCUGACCUGACGCCAUCGCAGUCAGAUAUCACCCAGGAGGCAGACCCGUUCGUCCUUCCCGAACUCCUCAUCUACGGCAGUUUCCUCAACUACGAGCAGAUCCUCUCCAUUCCAUUCGAGGACAUUCCGCUUGCAGACAUCGACGACAUUAUGCGAACCGUAGCUCAAUAUACCAUCAAGGAUAUCGUGCAGCAUGUGAACAGGAACAACGUGGACAAUGCCACCGUUGUCCUCACCGAUAAGAUCGUCCAAAAACUGAUCACUCGCAGCAUCAAGCGUUUGGCCAAGAGCCGGGCGACUACCGUGGACAAGGUCAAGAAAGAGUUCGAGGCGAAGCAGAAGGAGAAUGGAAUUGUGAGAGGUAAGUAUGUUUCUGAUGCUCAGCCUGACGUGGUUUUCCAUCCUUCUGGUGUUGAUGGGAACUUUUGA